AUGACCAACCACUUCCGGCUGCCCGGCCGGCACACCAGGCAGGAGCAGCCGCUUCAUUCUCUUCGGUGGACUCAGGAAUCUGCCGGGUUCAAGGAGCCCGUCCGGACAUUUUUUCUGGUCCAGCUACUCUCGACGUGGUGCAUCCGCAUCUCCGACUUCAGCUUGGUCCUCUUCCUCGCAGAGGCGAUUCCAGGCACGCUGCUCUACAUUUCCUUCUAUGGCCUGGCCAGGUCGCUGGCCGCCUUACUUCUCUCCUCAGAGGUUGCUAGGACCACAAGAAACCUGAGCCGCCUAAGAGCGCUUCAGCUGGCCAUUGCUUGUCAACGGAUCUCCGUCGCGACGUCGUGUCUGCUCUUCAUUUUGCUUCCCGCCUUCUCUGCCAAGGCAUUGCUUGUGCGCAACAUGAUCUUCGGUGUCUUGGUAUUUCUAUCUUGCGCUGAGAAACUCGGCUCGAUCUCUACUACGGUGACGAUAGAACGUGACUGGGUUAUCGUCGUCGCAAGAAUAACAGGGCUAUCCAGACAUUCACUCAAUGCUUCUUUACGCAGAAUUGAACUUUUCAGCAAGCUUGCAUCACCCUUGGUUAUCUCUUUCUUGAGUUUGCGGUCUAUGCAGGCUGCCAUUUGGGUAGUUCUCGUAUCGAAUCUUGGCUCUAUGCUUCUUGAGUUUCGCGCAACAAGUCGCAUGUGGGUUUCGGUACCAGAACUAGCUCUCUAUGCCUUCAAUUCGAUACCGCUGGAUGAGACUCACGAGACUUUAGAGGAUGAACGAGAGGAGAUGGAAUUUCACACCGAAACAAUCUCAAGCGAUCGCAUUGACGAGCAGCCUUUGGGCAGCAGCAAGUGGUGGUUACUAAGCGCAAUUUAUCCUUGGAGGGCAUAUUUCAGAUCUCCAGUCUUCCUGGCGUCCUUCUCCAACGCCAUCCUGUACUGCACUGUACUCUUCUUCGGCGGGCAGACUGUAACCUAUCUUGUGAGCACCGGUUUCUCAUGGUUUGAGAUCGCUGCCUUACGGAUCGCUUCUACUGUUGCAGAACUGAUCGGGACAGUCAUAUCGCCAGCGAUUAUGGUCAAACUCGGACCGGUCAGGGCUGGCAUGUGGUUCAUGAUAUGGCAGGUCGUCUGCAUCGCUGCGUUCGCCGGUAAAGUCCUCACUGCCGACAUGAGGACCAAGACUGCCGGUAUUCUCUUGGCGAUUGGAAUUACCCUCAAGAGAAUCGGUAUUUGUGGUUCGGAACUCGCAAUACAAUUCAUUGUGCAAGAGUCAGUACCCGCAACGCAGAGAGCGCAGUUUUCUUCCAGCGAAAUGGCUUCUCAGAGUUUCUUCGAGGUCUUGUCGUUUGGAACCACAGCAGUCUUUUCUACCGCGCAAGACUUUAAUUACCCUGUUCUGAUAAGCUACGCAGGCAUCAUUGCAUCCAUGGUGUGUUACACCGCGUUCGCGAGAAAUACUCGACAUUCCAUUCUAUAA